AAUUCUCACCAGUCAUUCUCUUCCGCCCAAUUUAGUCCAUUCUCUCUCUCAUUUUCUCUAUCUCUCUCUUCUUUUUAUUCAAAAGAUUUUUUUUGUUUGAAACAUUUUCUUUUGUUCUUUCAAUAAUCAAUUGAUGUGAUCAAACCAUACAAUUUAUCUCCACCGUCAGAUAUGGCGGGGAAGACGGCGAUGACGAUGAUGAUCACUUUUUGGCUUUCGGAGCAUCCAUCAAUAGUCGGGUUCCGUUGGAGUCACACCCAAUCAUGGGGCUCCACGUGGUCAUUUCUCUUUACCUCCAUCGCCUUCUACCUCACCUUAUCACUCCUUCUCCAUCUCUUCCUAACCCUCAUACACAACCGUCCGAUUUCCCUAGGACCAAUCCCAGCCGUCCACAGUCUAACCAUGGCUUUAAUCUCCGCAACAAUAUUCGCCGGAAUCCUACUCUCCGCCGCCGCCGAGAUCCGCGAUACGCGAUGGUCUUGGAGACGAUCCAAACGAACGCCACUCGAAUGGCUCCUCUGUUUUCCUCUCGGAACCCGUCCUUCGGGUCGGGUCUUCUUCUGGUCUUACAUGUAUUACCUCUCUCGAUUCCUCCACAUGCUUCGAACGCUAUUCUCGAUUGUACGGCGUCGUAAGCUCUCCUUCUUCCAACUCCUCAACAACUCAAUCCUCACUUUCAUGGCUUUUCUCUGGCUCGAAUUCUCCCAAUCGUUUCAGGUCCUGGCAAUACUAUCGACCACGCUCGUCUAUGCCGCCGUGUACGGUUAUCGGUUCUGGACCGACGUAGGGUUACGUGGCGCGUGCUUCCCCUUCGUCGCCAACUGCCAGAUCGCUUUGCUCGGCUGCAACGUCGCCUGCCACGUCGGCGUAUUGCUAUUGCAUUUCAUGAAAGGCGGCUGUAACGGAAUCGGCGCGUGGGUUUUAAACGCGGUCCUCAACGCCGUCAUACUUCUUCUGUUCGUGAACUUUUAUGUGAAAAUGUAUUUGGAAAAGCGGAAGAAGACGACGUCGUCGUCUGUGAUGAUGGAGAUUGUUGGGCCUUGUGGGCCUGGGCCUGGCCCAGUCGGUUUAGUUAGACGCGAGCCCGUGGCUCUGUCCUAUUCGGGUUUGGGUACAGUUCAUGAAGUAAGCAAUAAGGAGCUGUGAUCUUAUUCAAUUUAGUUAUUAGUUAAAUAAUUAAGUAUGGUUUUUUGUGUGUUUAAUUAAAACCAUUAUAUAUUUUCUUAUAUUCUCUAGGAAACUAAACUGUAUACACAAAGAAAUAUACAUAUAUAAUUAAGUAGAGUUUUUUUUUUCUUUUUUAAAUAUUGAGAGUGUGUCAAGCAUUCCUCUAUUGUAAAUCUCCUUUUUGAGUUUUGAUGAAUAAUUACUAAAGAAAUGAAAUGGAAAGUAACUAUUUCAUUACUA